AUGGUGCUUAACCUUGUUCAGCUUGAAGAAAGCCUCGUUUUUCAAACAGGCCAAGAUGUGAUGGCGGGCAACGGUGUAGUAUUGUUUGGAAUGAGCCCUGGAAAUCCAUAUUUUAAAUCUCAUGUUAUUGAGGACUAUGUGCAAUACUUGGGGAAGGAAGAAAGACGAAUCAUUGUUGUUGUACCACAGCAGCCAGCUGAACAUACGUACAGAGCUCUGGGAAGUAAAGAUGCUGUGAAACGAGCCAAGAAAAACUCCAGUCAGCUCAAGUCGCACUGCAGAAGAGCUAUUGAUAGGGUAUGUACAGAAAACAUUAUAAUACUGUCACUGAUUAAUUCUUGAUACUUUAAGAAAGCUUCAAAAAGUACGGUUAAAUAUCCACCACAACAUUUGUGUCUUUCUUUAUUUUUCUAUAAAACUGACGCGCACUCGCUCUCUUUCACAAGCUGGAUGCAAGCUAAAAUUGCAGUUAUUAAUUGUUUUUUCAUGCCCCUCUCCUCGCUGUCGGGGUGACGUUUUUUAGUGAAAACCGGACUUGCAUGCACUAUUGUUGACAUUCACCAAUUGUGCGCAUGCGUGAGUGACGUCACAGAUAUGUUUUUUCUCACUUGAAAACCGUAAUAACCAAUGAGGCUAAUGCACAGUUCCGCUUUCCCAAUUUUGGUCAAUCUUGUGUGUAUAUACGUACAUGUGUGCUUUUAUGUAGAGACGCGCUAAAUUUCACAGAAAACUGACAGAAAUCUAACGGAGUAUUUCUCGGAAAAAGUGAUGGGUUUUUUAGGGGGGGGGGGGGUGAAUAGUAAAUGAUAUUUUAAAAUUGGCCCUAAACACAACUUUUAUUGACUUUCAGUAUUAAAACAAUAAAUUAAUAAAUAACGAUAACAAAAGUAAAGGAAACAUUAUAAGGUUUCUAACCAGCUCGUAAUAAAUUAAACGCAAGAAAACUUGGAUUUAAAACAAAUUAGAAACUGACGAUUCUGCCUCAUGUCUGCAGUGGUAUAAAAGAGUUUUAUUAUUUACAAAACUGAUCUCUCCCUAAGUUAGAUAAGGGGGGUGGAAGGACAGGAGCUAAACUAUUAUUGAAACUUUUUUCUCGCUUCGAAGAUUAACGUGUCGACCUGCGGCCGGCACGAAGCAUCUCCGCCGCACGCAAGGAAAAAAAACGCUCUGUACACACGGUUAGAGAAAUAAUAAUUUUACGGCUUUUCAUCAUUCAGUAUGGAUUAAAUCAUUAUUUUCUACCGCUGAACAGGUGUCCAAGACUGAUGAUGUUGCCGGGGAGUUUUAUUUGUUGGACUGGACUUCAGAAGUAGACAAACAUGAAGCUUACAUUGCAGCCUUAGACUAUAUCAUCAGUUUUUACACAAGUAACUAUAACUUUCGACAGGACGUAGCACGAUCGACCGCAAAAGUGUUAGGAAAAGAUUCUACAUCCUCUGAGAGUGAAUCAGGUAAGCAAGUAUAG